GCCAACAGUAGCCAUAAUGCAGAGCAUGGGACAACAUUUUGUCGAUACUUUUGUGGAUACACCAACUGGCAUUUUUAUCAUGGGAUAUUAGCCUAUCAACCAGCCAAAAUGAGUGAGGUGGGGCCAAGAAGGCCCCCCCAGGACCAGUCCUCGGGGAGUGGGCACACAGUGACCACGUCACGUCACCCCUAUAUCACAGACCCCAUCGCCUCCAAGCACGUCUGCUUCUACAAGAGCGGUGACCCUCAGUUCAGUGGCCUGCGCAUGGCCAUCAACAGCCGCACCUUUAAGACCUUCGAUGCCCUCCUGGACAGCCUCUCCAAGAAGGUCCCGCUGCCGUUCGGAGUGAGGAACAUCACCACCCCGCGGGGUGUCCAUGCGGUGCACACACUAGAUGAACUGGAGGAUGGGAAGGCCUACAUCUGCUCAGACCAGCGGAAGGUCAAACCCAUCAACAUGGCAGCAGCCUGUAAGAAGCUUCCGCCCUGGUACCAUGCCAGGCCCAUGAGCGCCCGCCGUCGGGCCUUGCAACUGGCCAAACAGAACCCUGGCAGGCCCAUGCGCAAAAAAACACCUGUGACUGUGCGCACACCUAAGAGGCUAAUGGUGUUUCGGAAUGGGGACCCAAGUGUCAAACACAAUAUGAUGCUACAGAAAAGGACCACUCCCACCUUUGAGGCGCUGCUGGAUUACGUGUCCGAGUUGAUGCACUUUCCUGUGGUCAAACUACACACACCGGAUGGAAGAAGGGUGGAUGGGCUCCCUGCUCUGAUUCUAUGCUCUGGGAUUGUAGUAGCUGCCGGUCGGGAGGCCUUUAAGUCUGGAAACUACAAGACACAGAGAUCUUCUGCUCCAACAUGGCUUCCUGCCAGACGAAUGGCAUCUAAAAGACUAAAACAACCGGCACUCCGGAAAAAGAAGUCUGUAUCCAGCAGCAAAUCACGUCUUUUCUCCUCAUCGUCAGAGAGAUACUUUGUGAAUCAGAUACACCACUCCAUUGCAGGAAGUCAGUGUGACCUCCCCAGUAACAACACGGGAUCUGUGGUGCUGGAGGCUGGCCAUUUUCUGGAGUCAGUUGCCGAAACGGACGCCGACACCUACAACGGACAUGAAGGGGCAGACAACGGUAUGCCCGGUGAUGAUGACAUUGAGAAGUCCUUUCGGGUGAACCAGGAUGGCAGCAUGACGGUGGAGAUGAAGGUACGACUGACCAUCAAGGAGGAGGAGACCAUCCACUGGACCACCACCCUGACCAGGUCCAGUGUGGCCAGCCAGCUCAGUGUGGCUGAGUCUGAGCUGGAGAUCAGAUCUCCUGAGUCCAAUGCCCUACCACCAACACAACCCAACGCCAUGGGCACCAUCAGUGGGUACAAUGCUAAAAAGGAUGAUCAUGAUGAUGAGGAUGAUAUGUCUCCAGAGGCCAGUGGACUUACCAGUGUGGAAGGAGAUGAGGAUAAUUCUAAAAUACAUGUCGGUGAGGUCUCUCUCAGGAGGGCUCCUACCCCAGGACCCAGGAGAUCCAGACAGAAGCAGGCCUCAUUGGAGAACAUCAACACACCAUCAGGAGAUGAGAUUCAGGAGAACAUUGUGGGAUCAUACUCCUACAGAGAGACAACUAAGAAUGGAGAGGUCAAAGAGGAGUACUGCAUGGUCAGACAAUGCAGCAGCAGGCCAGUCCCUAAACCAAGGAGAGUUGGCUCUAUGGAUAUCAACAACUACAAUAAGAUGCAAUCCACUUUUAAAUCUGGGGCGGCUGAGAUUUUACAGAUCCAAAAUGGUGAGGAGGAAGUCAGAGAAAGUGUAAUGCACAUAUACGAGCAGCAGACCUGUCAGGACAAUUUCCUUGAUAACAGCCAGUACAGUGUCCAGGGUGUGUCCAUGUAUGGUCUGAUGUAUGGGAGACCAGCCACCUCGGAAACAGCCCGCUUCUCCUCCAGUAAUGACUUAGAGAUGGAGCUGGAAAGACUAUCUACAGCCUCAGAGUCGAUCAGCGUGCGGAGGGCUGACCAGUCUCUGUCAUCUGACUUCACCAUACCCACAUUUAAGGCUGGAGGAUCUGUCCUAAAAAACAGGGUACUAAAUGUCCAUAAAACCAGUCUCUCCAAGCCCACCAAAGACAAUGAGACCCCAAAGUUGGUCUCUGAAGCAAGCAAAGAAAAUUCCACCAAUAAAGGUGUAAAGAAAGUCAAGAAAAGUUUCUCAAAGCCCAAAUUGAGAAAGUACCAGGUUCGUAAGAGUACAACACCAGACAAAAGACGUAAAGAGAGUAAUGCAAAUGGCCCUGAAAACAAUAAAAGAGUGAAAACUGGGGGGUUUAGCCGCAAUGCAUCAAUAAGGAAAAUUUAUGGACCAAAACCUGCCAGAAGUCUAAUGAAAAAUAAACUAAAAGGAAAGGAAAUCAAAUUAAAUAUUGAAAACCCAAAGGAAUCGUCAGUGAAAGAACUAAAUGUUAGUGAAAAUGGAAAUGAAACUUCAGUUUCAGUAAAGAAGAAAUUAUUGCACGUUUCAUUUCCUACGGAGGCCCAGGUGAAGGGAACACUGAAAAGGCGGAGGUCCGUGCACGAGGAGAGAAGGAUUCAAAAAGAGAGUCAUGAUAUGUCACUGCCGUCACUCCUUUCAUCCUCUUCUAAUAUCAAUGAAUAUGUUGAGAACUGGCUAGAGAAAGCCCUCCCAACUGUGUACCCAGACCCAGUGGAGGAAACUCAAAAUGUGGAGACACCAACAAUGUCUCAGGUAGAAACUGAGGGGGACAUUGUUCCAGAUGUGUCAGAAAUCAAUUGUGAAAUGGAUAUUGAAGAAGAUGCGUCUUGUUUUUUGAAAGAAAAAACACAAACACCAAGUAGUCCAUCUUUGGUAACAGCAGCAUUUCCACAUAGAACAUUUGAAAAUAUAGCAACACAGACAAACCUGACUAUGGAAAACACAACAUUACCAUGUCCUUCUGACCCAUCAUUGCAAAAGACCCCAUUACACAUUGAUACUAUACAGGAAAGGUUGCCCACUAAUCCCUCAGCUGAAAAUCCAGCUCUCUCCAACGGUUUCUCUGUCUUUCCUCCUGCAAUAAUCUCAGUAGAAAAGCCAUCACCCUCUGACAGUCCUUCGUUGGAACAAACAUCAAUGCCCAUAAAGAUCUCAGUAGAGAAGCUACCAAUUCCAAAUGAUCUGUCAUUGGAAAAUACAUUAGUACCAAAUAGCUCCUUAAAAGAGAAGAUCCCAGUCUCAAACAGUCUCUCGCCUGAGAAGACACCACUGCCUGCUAAAACACAAACAGAGAAGACGCCAUUGUCCAACAAAGUCUUAGAUGUGUCUUCAGUAGCUAGCAGUCCCUCAUAUUUAAUGUGUUCAUCGCCUAGUAGUUUAGGUUAUGAAGAACAACCCUUACCAAGCAGUCCUUCAUCAGACAAGGCUCCGUCACCGACUGGCCAUGUAUUUGAAAAGACAUUGUUCAACCACUCCACUCUGAAAGAAGCACCAUCACCUAAACUCUCGACAAAAAAGACACGAUUGCUCAGUAAUCUCUCCCUGGAAAAGCAACUAUCAUUCAGGAAAGCCUCAGCUGAGAAGUCUUCAAUAUCCAGUGGUCCUACUGUGGAAAAAGUGUUGGUGGAUAAGGCACCAAUCUCCAAUGGUCUCUCAUCUGACAAGACAUCACAGCCUGCUAAAACCUUAACAUCCAACAAUGUCUUAAAUGAGGCUUCAUUAGCUAGUAGUCCCUCAUGUUUCAUCUCGACAUCACCUACUAAUCUCACAUCAGAUGAAAGAGCCUUAUCAAUCUCCCCCUCAUCAGAGGAGGCUCUAUCACCCACUGGCCAUGUAUUGGAAAAAACAACAUUGUUCAACCACUCCACUCUGAAAGAAACAUCAUCACCUAAACUCCCAACGAAGAAGACACGAUUGAUCAGUAAUGCCUCCCUAGAAAAGCAACUAUCACUCAGAAGAUUGUCAGUGGAGAAGUCUUCAUUGUCCAGUAAUCCUACUUUGGAGAAGGCCCAGUUAUCAAAUCCUGGUCAAAUCGCAGUAGAUAAAACACAACUACCUAACAGCCACUCAUUGGAAGAGACAUCGCCACCAAAUAAGUCUUCAUUACCCAGUGACUCCACUUCAGAAAAGACCCAAUUAUCUAGCAGUCCUCAACAAGGAAGGACACCACUACCAAGACAUAUCUCUUUGAAAACACAAUUGCACAACAAUUUUUCACCUGAAAGAACAAAUUUACCCACUCUUAUGACGAGAAAUAAGUCAGCUCCCAGUAAUCUCUCUUCAGAAAAGAUACCAGUACCUAGUAAUCGCACAUUGAAAAAUAGACUGUCACCAUAUUCUCAGACUUUGGAAAUAGUGUCACCACCUAUGAGACUCAAGGCAAAAAAAAAGCCAGUAUCUAGAAAUCACUCUCUGGAAAUCGAAUCAUCCCCAGUAAGUCCCACCUUGAAAAGGACACCUUUACCAAGGAAAAGCCACCAAACGCCAUUAUCGCCUAAGUCAACGCCAGUACACCUCAAUUCCUCCAUGAAGAAGACACCAAUACCUCCCAGUCCCGCUUUGGUGAAUCAUGAAGAGACAAAUGGUGAUGAUAACCUGAGCAAUUCAGAUCAGGGAGACAGUACAAAAGUAACAGCAGAGGAGCCUCUAACAAAAGCACAGAUACCAUCAUACAGAGAAAAACUGCCUCCCCAGCCAGACAUGAAACCUGUGCUAGAGAAGCUCUGUUUCUCAAUUCGGUCAAUUAGACAAAUCACACACAACAAUCGUCCAUCUUGUCUUGAAAAGUCAAACAGCUUACCUGAUUUCUCCUCCCAUGUGGCCUCUACAUUUGGGUCAUCCUCCAAAGCUCUCCUGGCAUUCUUAUCUGUUAUUACCUUAAAGGAAUGCUUCACUAACUGGAACAUACCUGAAUUGAAUGCAAACAGUGUAAGCUGUGCUGAGGCUUUGAAAAUGAUAGAGUCUCUGAGAGAAAUUGCCAACAUAGAGGAUGCAGAGGAGUUGAAAGCUAGCUUGUCAGAUUUGCAAAAGUCUACUUCAGCACAACUGCUGCAAAGUUGGAAGGGCUUCCAGGAACUCAAUGACAAAGUCAGAAGUCGCAGCUCAGCACUGAACAGUUCAGAGCAUGAUCUCUUGUUUGAGACACGCCCAUUGGAGGACUACAACAUUAAAGAAAAAACACUGGAUAUCGAUGAGCUAAUAAAUGAGCUUGAUGCGCCUGAAAAGGUCAAGGAAGCAUUGGCAGCCCUUUCAACAGGGGUGAGCAUGGAUGGAAAUGAAAUAAAAAUGUCUAAAAAAGCUCAUGAAAAAGUGGAGUCAUCCCCAGAGGGAAGGGUAAAUGCCAAUUCAACUGCAGUCCCUAAGGAAGAGGCUGCCAAUGAUAAUGUGCUUAAUAUAGAGGCUAAUGUUGAUGUUAAAUCCAUCAUUAAAACAUUUACAAAUAUUCACCAUCCCAAAGAGGUGGCUGAAAAUACAACGUCACCAAUCCCAGAGAGCCCAAGCAGUAGGCAAGAGCAGUACUUCUCCUCAGAAGAACACAUCUUUAAAGAGGAUUACAUUUGCCACAGAAACAGACAGGCAGCAAAUAAGGAAGGUUCUGACAACUGGGAAGAGGAGGCUAAAUGUACACACAAACAGGUUGACCAUGAUGAAGAACAGACAUCCUCAGAGAUAGAGCAAGCUUACAGUUUAGUACUGCAUGAUGGCUAUUUGGACAAGACAGCCUGUUCUGUGGCAGCUAAAGAGAAGGAUGGGGACAUACAAGCAGGCUAUGUGAAGGAGGAAGAAAGCUUGAAGAAAGAGCAAGAAUACUACAUUGAGAACCCACAUGUGGAGCAAGAGAUCAACACUAUGGAGCACCAGCUUGGUAAUGAGGAAGGAAAGUCCACUGCUGAACAACACCAGGCUAGCUCAGAGGAAGAACAGGAAGGUCCAUUUGAGAACCAACCAAACGACCAAGAGGAGCCAGAGGUUAAAUAUGUUGAGUUGAAGGUUAGCAGUAAGGAGGAGGAAAGCUUGAAGGAAGACCAGGAAUACUACAUUGAGAACCCACCAAGUCAUGUGGGGCAGGAGGUUACAUCUAUGGAGCAGCAGGUCAGCUGUAAGGAAAGCGUAGAAAAAGUCCAGGCUAGCUCAGAGGAAGAAUGUGAGUGUCACAUAGGCCAAAACCAUGAGGACCCAGAGGCCAAAUGCUUGGACCUGCAGGAUAGCAGUGAGAAUGGAAAGUCCACCCCUAAAGAAGACCAGACUAGCUCAGAUGAAGAGCUGGAACGUCAUGUUGCGAACAAACCAACCCAUGAAAAGCCUGAGGUUAAAUAUACAGAUGUAAAGGUUAGCAGUGAGGAAAGCAUGUCUAGUCUUGAAGAAGAGCAGGCUAGCUUAGAGGAAGAGCUUGAAUGUCACAUUGAGAACCAACCAAGUCAUGAAGAGAAAGAGGUUAAAUGUAUAGAGAUGCAGGUUAGUAGAAAGGAAAGAGAGUUUACCCCUGAAGACGACCAGGCUAGCUUAGACGAGGAAGAGGAAAACCGGGCAGACAACCUUCCCAAUGCAAAUGCACACAUUAACGUGAAGGAUGAGCAGACUCACUUAUGGAUGAAGCAGACUACCGAAAAAGAAAUAGUGUCUACUGUCAUAGAAAUUAAGCCUAGCUUGGUCAAACAGCAUUCUAGUGAUGACAGGAUGGAUAAGGACAGCGGAAAGGAUAGUGAGCAGCAUGUUAGCUUUGAACAACAGUCUGAUACUGCAGAAGAAGCCAACGUUGAGGAUAAUCGGCGUAGCACAGAGAAGAAGCAGGUACGCUAUGAAGAGAAGCUGCCUAGCUCUGAGGCAGAACAUGUUGGCGUAAAGGAUGAGCCAUAUACAGAGGAUGAGAGUUAUGCAGAGUACGAGGAAAGCUUCGUAGAGAAACAGCCGUUUGAGGAGGAUACGAAAUACGAAACGACUGAGGCAAAAACAACCAACCGUUUUGAGGAACCAUUACCAUCUGUAGCAGAGCGAGUAAAACUAUUGGAUAAGAAGAUUGCUGAUGUAGAGCAAAGGAAAAGCAUUACUACAGAGACAACGGGCAUCAAACCGUUUGCCCACAUAAAGGUUCCCGCUUUCUCAGAUGGCGAUGAUUUAACAAACGUAUCCCAUCUAUCUAAUGAACAAGCCGAGCUUGUGGAGGAAGCAUCUGAGACGCAAACAACCAAUUAUGUUAUUGAGGAUGUCAAAGAGCAAGACAAAGCUUCUGUGCACACUUGUAAAAGGACAACGUGGCCUAUAAAUACAUCAGAAACUGUAGUCACGUCCCCCCCAGCUCCACAAUCCUCCUCGCUAGCAUUUAGCUAUGAUGGCUGUAUAACUAGAGAGCCUGAGGGAAAUAGAGUCAAGAAAAUAAAGGAAAUGUUUAUGGCAAAAAGCCUUGUGGACAUUCAGUAUGGACAAACAAGACUAACCAGCCCAAACAGCUCAGAUCUGUCUGACAACAGACCAGAGACUUCUGACGGUAGUCAUCGAUCACUGACGUCAACUGAGAUGUCCAGUGGUGAGGAUGAUUCCGUGAAGAAAUCCAUCACAAAAGGCUUUGUCAGGAGAACUAUUGAAAGGCUUUAUGGGAAGAAAGAUACAAAUGAAAAAGUCCUUGCCAGUGAAAGUCAGCCAAUAUCUGUCCCAAGACCAAAGUCCAGAGAAUUUCCUGGUAAGAUCAGCCUUUCCCCAUUCCAUAAUGCACGGACCAAAGUAAUGUUGGACUUAUCAUACUUCAAUGCCACAAGCUCUUUUGACACAUACAGUGAGCCAACGCGUUGUCUCGCCUUCAAUACACAGGUCGGGCCUGGAGACUGUGUCCCGAUAGAUGAAAAUAGGUGGCUCCUCAGAGAGUGCGUGAUCAGAAAGUCUGUUUCAGAGCCUAUUAAUAUAAACAAGAACACAUCUGUGUUAACUGAAGAUGAGUGCAAACAUACAAAAGAAGAUGUUCCUUACUCCCUUUUCGGCCACAACGAUCGGGAGGACAUGGUGAAGACUGUGAAGCCUUUAGUGGCAAAGUGCACCUAUUUCAACCUGCCUCAUGGCUGUGACUCAGACCCGUACCAGGAUGACCUAAGUUCUGUCAGCAAGGGCAGUGCCAUGGGUGACAUCUCGAAGGACAGUAAAGACAAUGCAGAGGAACCCAAGUUGUGGGCUGAGAAGAAUGGAACACUGCCAGCUUUUUCCCCUACUGACUUCAAGAUGCCAGAUAAUAAAGUGCACCCUCUGAUAGAAGGCCCGGGAGGUGGAAAGGUUGUGGUGGUCCAGCCUGGCAAAGGUCAGUCUGGCAAAGGUCAGACAGAUGUCAAGAAAAUUCCACAGGAGCCAGAUGUACUAGAGAUUCUCUACUUCUCCUGUGGCCAGCACUGCCCCAUCCUUUGACUGUGACACUUAAAUAUGGGCUCUCUGCAAAAGUCAGCUUAUUACUGAGGGCAUUCAAGGUACUAGGAGAUGUCAUAUUUUUCUUUAAGAUGGAUAAGACUCAGUGUGUCCUGUGGGAUAAAGUUAUUAAUGAAUACUUUGUGCCUGAACAUUAACGUUGCCACUAUGAUGGCUUAUACAGCAUGAUAUCGUAACACAUUGUAAUAGAUUGUUAAGAAAAUAUACAUUUUACAAUAACUUCGGUGGAAUAGACAACACUAAUGGAUGAAACUUAUUUCACUAGUUUUUUUUAUAUCAUGUGAAUUGUACAAUUUUCCAAAAAACAUUUUACUCAACAAUCUGUUAUGCCAUGUUCAACUUUUAAUACCUUUUAAUAUAUUCUGUAAAUAUGGCAUCUGUACAUAUAUUUACAAUAACACCUUGACUGUGUAUUUUCUGUGUACUGUGUAUUUUCUGUGUACUGUGUAUUUUCCACCCUCCAUUAGCACUAGGUAGGUGGGCUGUCCUAAGAAUGAGCAUCCUGUGCAUUACUGUAAUCUUGUUUAAAACGCUUUAGAUCAGGUCCUCACUGAUGUCACGCAAUGGCAAUCCCCUUUACUCAGAACCUAACAUGCCUCUGGGUCGUACCACAAAAUCAGUGCCUUCUGCGUCCCUUUGAUAUUUUAAGUAGAAACUGUGCACAAAUAUAGAAUUUAAAAGUGCUAUAUUAAAUAAAGUUCCCUUUAAUAUAGACCACAUGGAAAAUUCUAUAAAUCUGAUUUUUUAUAUGAAUAAAGAUAAUUUAUUUCAUGUGAUUAGUGAUUCAUUUUAAGAUAAAAAAACAACAACCGUCCCUCUUUUACAUUUUACCAGACAAUCUUAUCCAGAGCGACUUACAGUAGUGAAUGCAUACAUUUGAUACAUUUUUUCUCUGUACUGGUCCCCCGUGGGAAUCGAACCCACAACCUUGGUGUUGCAAACACCAUGCUCUACCAACUGAGCCACACGGGACCACAAGGUGAGCCCUAUAACGUGAACUCAACUCAAUAUGGUAAACAAUUCCUUUUUUACAUUUCUAUAUAUUUUUUAAAUAAAAAAAACAACAAAACACUGAACAUCUAAUAGUCAAACCGUGUAAAAGCAGGCGAGCUGGUUCUACUAUUUUGAGCAAUUUGCGGUGGAAAACUGAGCAGGUCUAGCAUAACACAUCAACGCUGUUGCCCAUAGAUAGACAGGCUAUAAAUGUUUUAACAAUAAAAAAAACAAUUGGGAAGCUAGCAUUCAAUUGCCUCCUCCUGUCACAAGGGGAUUUAUGGAUGAUUUAAGAUGAAGCCAUCAACCCUGUUAUGGUGAUGUGUAACAGGGUUUAAACCUCUUGAGAUGGGAAAACAUUUUUUAUUAAGUUGAACAUGUGCUCUUUAUGACAGAAUUUUUUUAUUAGGUGAAACAAAAUGUUUGUUUUGUUUCACCAAGUUACACUACUCAAAAGGCACCUAAUUGGUGGAAUGACCCCCCUUCAAGGUUCAUGGUCAUGCCUGUGCAGUGUGGUCAAAACGGUGCUUGAUCACAAGCUCUAGAAAUGUAUUGUCUGUCAGUAACCCCCUGGUACUUAACGUUGUAUAGUGUAUUAGCUGUACAGUUCAUUUAUUUGUGUAAAUGCAUUUCUCUCGCAUCAUUACAUGAGAGUGAAUUCAUAAAGUAUAGAAUGAAUUCAGAAAGCAAAUCUCUAGAUUUGCAUUUAUAAACGAUAGCCCUAAGCACAACUUGCGAUAACAAACUUUUAUUACACUACUUCUAUCAUAGGUGUACAUUUCUGGCAGCUGUGAU